UUCGAGAAUGUCAGAUUUGCGUAUGUUUGGGGACAGCGAGACACAGCAGGAUAAGCGCACGUUGAUCCGAGAAAGAAAAACGUAUUUUUGAUAAAUGGCUACAAUGUUACUUCUCAUUAACUAACAUUGUCGUCUUAUUUCCAUUUCUGGAGUAGUUUGAAAUCACGGGUUUGCCGCUAAAGAUCUCCAGCCUGCAGUAAGACAUGUCGUUUGCAGAGUCAGCAGAGUUGCUGCUGAUAAGGGACCAGUAUGACCGUGCGUUGGAGUGUCUGACCAGGGGCCUGGCGGCUGACCAGGCAGGGCAGGGGCCCCAGGCCCUGGAGCUGUACAGGAGGGGCCGGCAGCACCUAACCCUGGGCCUGGAGGUCCCUACCAGGGGGCCACAGAACCAGGGAGCCCCAUGGGACACGGCCAGGCAGUUGCAGCAGAAGAUGAGGGAGACUCUAACUAACAUCAGCACCCGACUAGCAAACAUGGAGACAGCAGGGGUGGGGACGGCGGGCCAGGGAGGCCCAGCGUUGGUGGAUCUAGUGGAUCUCUCUUCCCAGUGCCUCUACCCCACCCUGGGGCCAUUGGUGCCCCCUAUGCCGCUGCCUGGUUCCUCCAACCCCCUCCCCCAUCUCUACCCCACACUGCCACCCGGGGCUACCCCAACAGACAGCCUCUCUGCCGGGGCUACAGGCAUCACCAUGGCCCCCUCCCUGCCCAUCCUCCCUGCCCUGCCCCUGGGGCUCCCAGGAGAGCAGCCCCCAGCCUACACCCCCCAGCCCACCGACGGGCACCACAGCCUGGCUUAUAGCCCAACCGGAGGAGGGGGUCUGGGGCUGGGGGGGCAGAUGGUGGGGGGACCUCCACAGCCCGAGGGAGGGGUAGGGGGGGACGGAGAGGAGCUUUUGUUCCUCCCUCGGGGGGUGCAGAUGUUUUUCGUGUCGUCGGAUGGCCAGGUGAGCGCCCCAUCGUACCCCGGUUAUCUACGCAUCAUCAGGUUCAGCAGCCAGCUCAAAGACAUGGCCAACGGAGGAGCAUCAGCCUUCCUACACGUGUGUGACUGGCUGUACCCCCUGACUCCAGACACCCCAGUGCUUCUGUCUACCUCUGGGAUCUUUAUGUUUCCUGACACCAUGGCGGGGAUACCCGGGUCCUACGUAGGGGUUGUGCUGUCCUCUGAACUGCCUGCAGCAGACAGACAUGCCUUUCAGGACCUCCUCUCACAACUCACUGAGCUACGGGUACAGGCUCCAGAGGAGGGGGCAGGGUCAGAGAUCAUGAACCUGAGUGAGAAGGUUCCCAUUGGUCCCCCUGUGGAGGGGGCGGGAGCAGGGACAGGGGAGGAAGAACUCCCCCUACCUGAAUGGAGCGAGAAGAUGUCCCAAGGCAUCCUGGCAGGUGCAUCGUGGCUGAGUAAAGGGUUUGUGCGUGGAGCGGAGGCCACAGGUAAGGCCAUCCAGAAAGGAGCGUCUAAGCUGAGAGAACACAUCACCCCAGAGAACGUCCCGGCUGAGGUCAGCCCUGGUGUUACCAAGGGCCUGCACCACGCAAAACAGGCCACCGGGGGUGCUGUUCGCGUCAGUCAGUUCCUGGUGGACGGAGUGUGUACCGUAGUAGGCUGUGUGGGGGAGAAGCUAGCUCCGCAUGUAAAGAAACAUGGCAGUAAACUUAUCCCUGAGUCCAUGAAGAACACUAAAGAUGGCCGCUCCAACCUGGAUGGCGCUAUGGUGGUGGCAGUCAGCAGCAUAAAGGGUCUCUCCGCUAUGUGGACUGGUUUGGAAACUGGAGCGAAGAACAUCGGCAAGAGUGUCACCUCUGAGACGGUCAUGACCGUGAAGCAUAAGUACGGUGAUGACGUGAGCAAAGCCACGAACACGGGCAUCCAAUCAGUGAUCAACGUGGGCGUGGCCGCGUUCAACGUGGACAACUUGGGUAUCAAGGGUGUCCUGAAGACCGCCGGAAAACAGACCGCUAAAGCUGUGGUCAAAGAGCGAAACAAUACCCCGCAGGUCGCAGUCGGAGACCACAACCACAACGGAGGACCAGAGGAGAAAGAGAUGUGGGAGAGGAAGAAGGAUGAGGAAGACAAGAAAUAGAUGUCAUACUCAUUUAUGUGGCUCUUGUCUAUUUGGCCCCUAUACAUUUUAGCCCCGAUAUCUUUAAGCUGUGUUCAUAGGCCCCUAUAUCUUAAGAACCACUCUGUGUGCUAAUAGGCCCCUAUAUCUUUUGGCCCCUCAGUGUGUCAAUAGACCGUGAUAUAUUUUAUCCCCUCUCUGUGCUAAUAGACUCAUAUCUUUUGGCCCUCUCUGUGUUCAUAGGCCCCUAUAUCUUUUGGCCCUCUCUGUGUUCAUAGGCCCCUAUAUCUUUUGGCCCCUCAGUGUGUCAAUAGGCCGUGAUAUAUUUUAUCCCCUCUCUGUGCUAAUAGACUCAUAUCUUUUGGCCCUCUCUGUGUUCAUAGGCCCCUAUAUCUUUUGGCCCUCUCUGUGUACAUAGGCCCUAUAUCUUUUGGCCCUCUCUGUGUUCAUAGGCCCCUAUAUCUUUUGGCCCCUCAGUGUGUCAAUAGGCCGUGAUAUAUUUUAUCCCCUCUCUGUGCUAAUAGACUCAUAUCUUUUGGCCCUCUCUGUGUUCAUAGGCCCCUAUAUCUUUUGGCCCUCUCUGUGUACAUAGGCCCCUAUAUCUUUUGGCCCUCUCUGUGUUCAUAGGCCCCUAUAUCUUUUGGCCCUCUCUGUGUUCAUAGGCCCCUAUAUCUUUUGGCCCUCUCUGUGUUCAUAGGCCCCUAUAUCUUUUGGCCCUCUCUGUGUUCAUAUAUCUGAAUGGGGUAAAUACUGUACAUGUAAGAAUCAUGGCUUUUCACUGCCUCCAGUUUGCAAAAAGGAGCUCGCAUCAUAUUGUUUUAAAAUCUAUCCAGACCUUUCGCUGUAGGGUGAAGUUGCCCCUAAAAGCUGAUCUUGGGUGCUGUUUUGUUCCAUCUCACCUUACUGUAUGUAGACUACUUAACUGUUCAUUCCUCUGAAUGUUGGAGCCAUAUUAAAUGAAGGAUAUGUUUCAUAGAAUGUGUAAUAUAUAACAUAUUUGUAUCUGUGCCAAAAUAUACUGAUAUAUCAAUGACACUGUUGUUGAUUUUCUCUGUGCUGUUUGUACUUAAACUGUCUAUUUUAUUAUUCAGUCAUUUGUUAUGAAAGGAUUUUCUGUCAUGUUAUUGUUGCUUCAUGCCCUUUGAUUGAUUGUCAGAUCAGAUGGAUCAGAAAUAGAAUCGAUUCACAAAUAAUAAUAAUAAUAUUUCGUUUAUUUGAACUGAAACGCAUGUAAGAGCCGCAUACAACAGUGCCGUCGUUUUUCAAAACGCAGGUGACGCGCUACUCCUUCAGAUCCUCUGAAAUCAACUUCCGACAACGUGCAGGACACGACUGUCUCCAUUGGCAACGAGGAGAACAAACUUUUGAGUUGAUGGCAACGUUGAGAAGAACAUCAUGGGAGAUGCGGACUUCAGCAAAUACGAUUUAGCACGUUUACAGGACGAGUUGGCGCAGGAGAGAGAGAUGAAAGAGAUGCUGCAGGAGUCUGUGUGUGAUCUGGGGAGCACCAUGACAGAGUUGGAGGAGAGACCUAAACAGUGUGAACCUUGAGGGUAAUGAGUGGAAGACCCGGUAUGACACGCAGGUGGAGCUGAACGGUCGGCUGAAACGUCAGAUCACACUUGUUCACGAAAAAAUGGAGGACCUGCGGAGAAACCCCAUGGAUCGAUUAGCCUCGAUACGAUCCUAUUAUGAGGUCCCAUUGGAUGCACUGAGGCAGAGGCUGAAGGUCCUGACCAAUGAGAAGGCAGCGCUGCAGGGUCAGCUGUUAGACUGCAGACUGAGGAUCGAACAGGAGGGGAAGGCCUUUUAUAAAGCCAACGCAGUGAGGCGUGUGUAUCUGUCAGAAAUAGCUAAGUUGUCAUCAACCCUGGAUGUCACCAGGCGUCAAUACCAGGUCCAGCCACAGAGGGAGAGGGCGCCAGAGAGCCAGCAGUACCCUGUCCAGCCACACAGGGCACCAGAGAGCCAUAUGAGGAAGUGAGUUCGUGCAGCCUCGAACCACAGAUCUAGGAUCAGUUUACUAGCCCAUCCAAUCCUAAAAGUCACCAUGAUAUGGGGGUGGAAUUAUAUCUGAUCGUGGAACUGUAGUUAUUUAAGGACAUUUCUGACUCAAUACAAACAUGUCUACUCAUCUGUGCUCUCUCUCACUCUCAUGACUACAUUCUGUAGUAGGGGCCCCAUAUUGUAGAACUACAUUCUGUAGUAGGGGCCCCAUAUUGUAGAACUACAUUCUGUAGUAGGGGCCCCAUAUUGUAGAACUACAUUCUGUAGUAGGGGCCCCAUAUUGUGUAACUACAUUCUGUAGUAGGGGCCCCAUAUUGUAUAACUACAUUCUGUCAGUGUCUGUCAAAUUAAGGUCUGCUGGUGGAUUAUUAAACACACACACACACACACACACACACAUUUCAACUACACAGAUUAAGAGAUAUCAUUGGGUUUGUGACUGUGAUGGGUUGUGAAUGACUUUGAACUUCACUUGACAUGUUUUGAGUUGACAGCUCAAAAGAAUUCCGUCAAGGCAGCUUGAGUUGUCAAAGUCAGAAUAUGUUCUGAAAUCAACUUCUCAAUGCCGGUUAUUUCGUUAUGUAAGGUAGUAGUACUUUUAUCAUAACAUUGCUUUUAAAAAUCCUCUGAUAUCAUCUUUAUAAUGUAUCAAAUCUGAAAAUGAUGAAGAUGUUGAUGUUUCAUUUGUAUGUUUGUUUAUUCAUAAAAUACAUCCAUCCAUCCAUCCA